AUGUUCAAGCACAGUGCGAAAACCGUUAUUCCACGUAAAAAUACGAUAUACUACUUGACAAAACAGGAGGGCGAAAGUCCUAUCGCCGAUAUCUGCUGGUCAGCGAACAACGUGAAGCUGGCGGUGGCGACGUGCGAGCGGCAGGUGCUGCUGUUCGACCGCGAUGGAAUGCGCCGCGACAAGUUCAGCACGAAACCCGCUGACGCUGCUACUGGAAAGAAGUCUUACGUUAUUACAAGUUUAGCGUUCAGCGACAACUCGGAGCUCCUAGGCGUAGCCCAGAGCGACAACAUGGUUUUCGUGUACCGAGUGGGCGCGGACUGGUCCGGCAAGAAGGUGAUCUGCAACAAGUUCCCUCUGACCGGCGCGCCGGUGCGCCUGCUGCCGGCCGAACAGGGCUUCUAUACCGGCACCAGCGAUGGCAAGAUCAGGUCUCUCGACUGCAAGAGCAACAAGAGCUCCAGCUUGUGGACGGGUGGUGCUUGCUGCGUGUCGCUUGCUCGUGGCGACGGCACGCUAGCGUCAGGCCAUGUGGAUGGGACGCUGUUCGUGAACGGACGGCUGCUGCUGCGCUAUGCUCUGCCGCCGUCCGCUCUUGUUAUGCUGCCUCCUUACUUGAUAGUGGGAGGCUGCGACGGACGGGUGGCUGUGUAUGCGGCAUCUGGCGGAGCGUUGCUGCGAAGCGUGGAGCCCGCGUUGCCGCCACACGCGAGGGAUCUUACGGCCGCCGCUCCCAGCCCCUCUGGACAGACGAUAGCAGUCGGCACGUUCGACGGGUUCCUAGUCGGAGACAUGAAGGAGUCAGGCGGGCUCGACCUGACGUUCCUGCCCAUACCCAAUCUGUAUGCGACGCGCGCGCUCGCUUGGAGUGGAGACGGGACCAAAUUGGCCGUCGCCUCGCAAACCGGAGCUGUUAUAAUGCUUGAAGCUGUUCUCAGACGCUGGGUGUGGCGAGACUCUGUCGAAGUUCAGCACGUAAGCCCGAAGCAGCUGGUGCUUACUCGGUUGGCCAACGAUGCCCCGCCCAUGACCGUCACUACCAAGCACGCGUCCGACAUCUUUAAUGUCCGAUUUAUAGGUAACGACUGGUACGCUGUUUGUCGUACAGCUAGCACGUUCAUACUCUGCGAUAUAGCACGAGGCUUGACAAGCGAGAUUCCAUGGUCCGGCAGCGGGGAGCGGAUAUAUGCAGCGGUCGGCGGAGCUUGCCUGCUACAUCGUGCGGGCGAAUUGAGCGUCGUUGAAUACGGACUCGAUAAAGUAUUGCAUACUGUGCGAACUGAGCGCGUAAACCCGCACGUGCUCAGCGUGCGAAUCAAUGAGGGGAACGACAAGGAGCAAGGCGAUAGGAAACAUCUGGCGUACCUACUGGACAGGCAGACCAUUGCUGUGGUGGAUCUCACUACGGGAGUUCAGUUGGGCCAGUGGUGGCACGAAGCUCGCGUUGAUUGGCUGGAGCUGAACGAAAGCGGACAGCUUUUGCUGAUGCGGGACACUCGCCGAAGACUUAUCCUGCUGAAUUUGCAGUCAGGCGACAAGGAAAUCAUAGCAAGUGGAGUGGGCUUCGUACAGUGGAUUGAAGACAGCGAUGCCGUCGUUGCUCAGACGCCGACGCAUCUUCUCGUUUGGUACAGCGCCUGGGACCCUGGCUGCGUGGAGAUGGCAGAGUGCGGCGGCGGCGUGGCCGUGGAAGUGAACGCUCGGAGGGUGGUGCUGGACGGCGGGCAUGUACCGUUUCUACAGCUGGACGACCAUCGACUUGCUUUCAAUAACGCAUUGCGUAGUGGCGACCUGUCUGGAUGUGGUCGCUACUUGGAAGCAGUGGGUAACGCUGACCUGGCUCCGCUAUGGAGGCAGCUAGCGGAGAGAGCGUUCGUCGAUGAGGAUAUUCAGCUAGCAGCAAAAUGUUACCGGGAGAUUGGCGAUGAAGCUCGCGCGUACUAUCUAGAGACAACUGUUCAGCUGGCGGCUAGAGAAGGUGAUGGCGAUGUUGUGUCUGGACUUAACAGUGCAGUAGUUCGGGCGAAACUUGCUAUAUUUUCUGGAGAUUUAGCUUCCGCAGAAGAGUUUUACGCGAAGAAAGCGAAUCGACCGGAGAUGGCGAUCAGCAUGUACAAGCAGUUCAAUAGAUGGGCUGAAGCUAUCGCUCUGGCCGAGAAAACAGAUCGGCUAGCGGUCACCACCUUGAAGCAGCAGUAUAUGGAUUAUUUGACUUCUACUGGAAGGCUAGGCGAAGCCGGAGCCGAGUUAGCCGCUUCAGGGGACGUCCAAGGCGCCGUCCGCCUGUGGUUGAAAGGCGGGCGCGCUCGCAGGGCCGCUGGCCUGAUCCUUCAGCAACCGGCCUUGUUGAGAGACAACGAGCUGGUUGACACCGUGCAUGCUCAGUUGAUUCAGGAAGAAUGGUGGGAGAUGGCGGGAGAGAUUUCUGAGCGCCGUGGUGAUAGUCUUACUGCAGUCGAGUAUUAUGCUAAGGGCAACAACUUCGCGCGGGCUGUUCAGUUAGCUCGAGAGACUUGUCCAAGUGAAGUAACACGGUUGGAAGGCGCAUGGGGCGCAUGGUUGGUGUCAUCUAGACAAGCUGGCGCAGCUGUGCCGCAUCUUAUAGAAGCCGGAGACACUAGGGGUGCCCUAGCAGCGGCUUUGAAAGCACAUCACUAUAAGAAGGCUCUGCAAAUUGUACAGGUCAUAGAAGACAAGGAUCUUAUUCGAGAACAAUGUGAACAAUUAGCUGACCACUUCAUAUCUACUCAGGAAUGGGAGACUGCUGAGCGCCUCCUAACCUCCUGUGGCAUGGCUGAGAGAUGCGUUCGAGCAUACAACUCAGCCGGCCGGGUAGCAGACGGGCUAAAACUAGCCGCGGCACAGUUGUCUGAGGAUGAAACCAGGGACAUUUACAUACCAUUAGCCCAGCAGUUACGGAGCGAGGGGCAGUUCAGGAAGGCGGAGCAAAUUUAUAUCGGGCUCGGAGAACCAGAUGAAGCGAUAUCUAUGUACAAGGAAGCUUCUCAAUACGAAUCCAUGCUGCGCCUAGUGGCGGCUCAUCGCAGUUCUUUACUGGAAGCGACUCGGCGCCAUGUCGCUCAGGCUCUACACGCUUCUGGCGAUUUGCGGGCCGCUGAGAAUUAUUACAUACAGGCUGGUGACUGGAAGAGCGCUAUUCAAAUGUACCGCUCUUCUGGUCAAUGGGAGGGAGCGGAGCGCGUAGCCCGUGCUCAUGCGCCGAGUGGGGUUCAGCAGCAAGUGGCAUUGCAAUGGGCAGCGGCCUUAGGAGGUUCGGCGGGCGCAAGGCUGUUGGCAGCUAGAGGGUUGGCGGCUUUGGGAGCGAGAUGGGCACUGCAAGCACAGAGAUGGGAUAUCGCUAUGGAGCUAAGCGAACUAGGCGGAGGCGUGACGCGACGCGAAGUAGCCCGGCAUGAAGCGGCGGCGCUCGCAGAGGAGCGGCCUGAGGAAGCUGAGCAAGCUUUCCUUCGCGCCGGGGCAGCUGAUGACGCAGUUCGCAUGUGGUUGACUAGAGGCCAUCAUCAACGGGCGUUGGUGUUAGCCGAGCAACAUGCUACUCAUCUGGUCGAAGAAGUCUUAGUUGAAGGAGCGAGGGCAGCGGCUGAACGCGGAGACUUGGCUCAAUUCGAAACUCUCAUGAUUCGGGCCAACAGACCUAGGGAAGUUGUGCAACAUUACAAAGAUCUUGAACUAUGGGAGGAGGCGACGCGUGUCUCACGGGAGUAUCUACCGGACAGCGCGGAGCCGGUCCCUUCAGCCGUGCCACCUUUGUUACAACGAGCUGCAGAACAUGCCGAUCGAGGGGAAUGGUGGGAAGCGGUUCAACUCCUCUGCGAAGCGAGCGCCAGCGGCGCGGCGGGCGGGGCCACUAGACUGGCGGAGCGCGCGGCGCUGCGGGCCGCGCGCCUGGCGCGGGACCGGCUGCAGGGCGCCCGGCGCCGCGCUGCCGCCGACAUGCUGGCCAUUAGGUUCGCUGCUAUUGGCCAAUCGGAGGUCGGGGAACAACUACGGGAAGCACUUGCAGACGGUACUACAGAUGAAGAGGAGGCUCCAGGUGCAUCAGCAGAGUAUGAAGUGGAGGAGCCUAGUCCGAUGGUUCCGAUGGCAGAGCCGGACGCUGAAGCUGAGGCCUUGGAGCGUUUAGCACGAGCUGGCAACUGGCAGCGCUGUUUGGCUCACGCUGGCUCUAAGGCGCCUCAUUACGCCUUGAGAUACGCUGCUCAUCUCUUUAAGGCACAUUCUCGCAUGGAAGGCGUUGACAUCGAUAGUGAAGACGCUCCCGAAGCACUAACGCAAGCGUUAGAUACUCUUCGUCAAUACAUUGGGGACGGAACUGUCUCUAUUUCAGAUAGUGACACAGCUUUGGCAAAAGCAGUCUGUAGCGAAGUUUUAGUGCGCGUGUCGGCUGCUCCGAAAUCUCUGACAGCCUUGAAGGAUGCCGCGACGGUCAUGUUAGCUGCAGGUGCUGAUGAUAGAGCCAUGCAGGCGAUCACUCUGUUGAUGGCACUUCAUGUGCCGCAGAUAGCUCCAAAAGCAGCACGAGCUUUGCCUCGAUACUCCGAUAUAAUGGUCGCUGACGUUGCUUUUUAUGUGAGUGGAAUGGCAAUCCGCGCUGAAGGGACCAAUGGUGCUCGAGAGGCUUUUGUUCUGCUGAAUCGAAGCUUGGACCUCGCGGAGGCAGCCGAUGACGAUGCGGCUCAUUUGCUAGAUUACACAGAUUUUGAGUGCACGGACUGGCCCACUUCACCGCUUCUGCUCGACAGCGCUUGCAUUCGCGGCGAAGCACUUGAUGAGGCCCGCGAGUGGGUACUCGCCGUUUCCAUGGAGCGGACCGUCGAACAGACUUUACCAGUAGACGGCCGUGAAGUGUACGGGUCGAGCGUGGGUGAUGAAGCUUGCUGCGUGCUAACAGGCUACCCUCUUGGCAGUAGAUUGGUCACAUUUACUAAUGGUCGCUGCGCCAACCGAGAGUGGUGGUCGCGCGCGGUGACGGCAGCGCGAGGCGGCGGCGCGGCGGCAGCGUUGCUACAGCACAUCGCGCGCUGGUGCGGCCCGGCAGACUACUCGCAGAUUUAAACUAAGGUCGCGACGCAGCGAGACUCGCCUCGGCGAGCGGUCAUCGACGUCGUGUAUGACGAUCUUGAUCGCCUCCGCAUCGACGGACAUUUGCCGCGCGGCCGCAGCGGCCGCCGCCACGGCUGCGGCCGACGGGCCUGGC